AUGGGUAUCGAUAUCAACCAUAAGCACGACCGCAAGGUCCGUAGGACAGCUCCAAAAAGUGAGGAUCCCUAUCUCAGAAUCCUUGCCAAGUUGUACACAUUCUUGGCUAGACGAACAGGGGAGAAGUUCAACAACAUCAUCAUGAGAAGGUUAUUCAUGUCGAGACGAUUCCGCGCCCCGCUUUCUAUUGCUCGUAUCACUCGGAUGUUGAAAAAGGAAGGCAAUGCUGGCAAAAUUGUUGUUUCGUGUGGAACCGUCACUGAUGAUGCUCGCCUCUAUGAAGUGCCGAAAUUCACGCUUGCCGCCUUGAAAGUCACGGAUUCGGCUCGUGCCCGCAUCCUCAAAGCCGGAGGCGAGGUCAUCACCUUUGAUCAGUUGGCUCUUCGGGCGCCCAAAGGAGAGAAUACUCUUCUGAUACAGGGACCUCGCAAGGCUCGCGAAGCGGAAAAGCAUUUUGGACCAGCUCCUGGAGUUCCCCACAGUCACACAAAGCCAUACGUCCGCUCGAAAGGGCGCAAGUUCGAACGUGCCCGAGUUCUUCUCGAGGAUGAUAGUCGUAAGGUCGCCCAAGAUAUGACUAUGAAAGACCCAUUCUUGAAGUUUCGAGGGAAGGAGAAGAUUAACUGGGAAGAUGUGGAAGCUUACAAAGCUGAUCAAGCUCGGGUCGGACCUGGUGAACAAGGACAACCUGUGACUCUUCCAAAGGACCCGCUUGUAGAAAAAGAAGCCUUGGCUUUGUACAAAGCAAACGGAUACAAUGCCUACAUAUCCGAUUUGAUACCGCUCAAUCGAUCCAUGAAGGAUAUCCGACAUGAAGGCUGUAAAUCAAUGAAAUAUAAUUCUGAACUUCCUACGGUCUCUGUCAUCUUCCCUUUUCAUGAGGAGCACAACUCCACUUUGUUACGAUCUGUUUAUUCAAUCAUCAACCGUUCACCGAAGCACCUGCUCAAGGAGAUAAUUCUUGUGGACGAUUUUAGUGAGAAGCCGUUUUUGAAAAAACCUCUAGAAGACUUUCUGAAACGAAACAAGCUAGAUCAACUUGUGCAGAUCGUGCGGACGAAAACUAGAGAGGGACUUAUUCGUGCUCGUCAGUUCGGCGCUGAGAAGGCAACAGGAGAUGUACUGAUUUUUCUUGAUGCCCAUUCUGAAGCCAACUAUAAUUGGUUGCCUCCUUUGCUUGAUCCUAUCGUCGAAGACUACAGGACAGUUGUCUGCCCUUUUGUUGAUGUCAUAGAUUGUGAGACAUAUGAAAUCCGUCCUCAGGACAAUGGUGCCAGAGGUUCGUUUGAUUGGGCUUUCAACUAUAAAAGACUGCCGCUCACGAAGAAGGACCGCGAGAAUCCUACAAAACCGUUUCCAAGUCCUGUGAUGGCUGGCGGGUACUUCGCUAUCUCAACAAAAUGGUUUUGGGAGCUAGGAGGUUACGAUGAAGGUCUUGAUAUAUGGGGUGGUGAACAAUAUGAGCUGAGUUUCAAGGUGUGGCAGUGCCACGGAAGAAUGGUAGAUGCCCCUUGUUCUCGUGUUGGGCAUAUCUAUCGCUGUAAAUACAUGCCCUUCAAAAAUGCCGGUAAAGGUGACUUCAUUAGCAGAAAUUACAGACGGGUAGCCGAGGUUUGGAUGGAUGAGUACAAACAUAACCUUUAUAAGCACCGCCCAGGUGUUGGAGAUGCUGACACUGGUGACCUUUCCAAACAACUGGCCGUUCGGGAACGCUUGAAAUGCAAAUCUUUCGACUGGUUUAUGAAAGAAAUUGCGUUUGAUCAGGACAAGUACUAUCCAGCAGUGGAGCCUAAGCCAUCGGCCAGUGGAGAACUGCGCAACAAAGCGGCUAGACUUUGUGUUGACACACAGUUCAAGCAGUCUCAGCAACGUUUUGGGCUCCGGAAGUGUAUAAGUGACGAUCCGAACUCGGGUGGCGAACAAAACCUUCGCAUUACCCGAUGGCAUGACAUUCGUCCCGAAGGACGUAAUGUUUGCUUUGACGUGUCUACAUCAGAGGACAAAGCUCCUGUUGUGCUGUUUGAUUGUCACAGUCAGAAAGGCAAUCAGCUGUUCAAAUAUCGUAUAGAGACUCAAAUGAUUUAUCAUCCUGUUUCAAAUCAAUGUUUAACCGCUGAGACUGAUGGAUCCGGCUUUGUUUUUAUGCGUAAAUGUGACAACGAUUCACCUAAUCAAAAGUGGACGUGGCAGGUAUUGGACGAAAAGUUGCUCAAUGAGCGACAAAACGCAGAACCAUUAGAAGAGGAGUAAAAAGCAUCUAAUUCGUGAGAUGUCAAAAGAGAUCUCAUCUUUACCUCAACGUCGUAAAUAUACGCAGCAUGACUUAGUUGUUGCAAUUCCGUUGUAUAACAUAUAUCUCAACUCUUCUUUGUUCUUUUUUUUGCAUUUUUGCUCGUUUUUUGCUCUUGGGCUUGCCUUUUCCAUAUCGACUGAGCUUAGCCAAAUGUGAAUUUUUACGGUCGAUGUCAUUCCUCGGUGUCUUACUGCACAUCAUUGUGAGAAUUUAUUCACUUCAAAUAGGAUUGUAUUACGAGCUUUAUUUUUACAAUUGUCAUUGCGAUUUUUUAUGUGCUCAUUAAUACGUACAGGACUGUGAUUGUAAUUAUGUUUACAAUGAAAGUGUGAAAUUAGUUA